UACACACACACACACACAUGUUCCUGAUGACACGUGAACACACACUCGGUGCUCAGAAUGACACAGCUCUGAUCGGAGGGAGGUGAUCUCUGAAAUUGCUCAGUGAGCACCCCUAAUUUCCCUGAUUUACAUAUCGCUGUCAAUCACACCCAAUGGAAUCCAAUCAGAAAGCGAGCGAGGACGAGCUGACGGGGACGCAGAAGGAGGCGGCGCUUCUGGCGCUGACCCAACGGACCGGAUACCAGCUGCAGCAGGAGAACGGCCAGCGGCGGUAUGGGGGUCCACCGCCCGGCUGGGACGGACCUCCACCUGAAAGAGGAAGUGAGAUCUUCGUGGGGAAACUACCCAGAGAUCUAUUUGAAGAUGAACUGGUUCCACUCUGUGAAAAGUUUGGAAAGAUCUACGAGGUGAGGAUGAUGAUGGACUUCAAUGGGAACAACAGAGGUUAUGCCUUUGUCACCUUCAGCACCAAACAGGAAGCCAAAACCGCCAUGAAACAGCUCAACAACUAUGAGAUCAGGAAUGGCCGCCUCCUUGGGGUUUGUGCCAGCGUCGAUAACUGUCGUCUGUUUGUGGGCGGGAUUCCCAAAACCAAGAAGCGUGAGGAGAUCCUGACGGAGAUGAAGAAGGUCACUGAAGGGGUCAUGGAUGUCAUUGUGUACCCCAGCGCUGCCGACAAGUCCAAGAACCGAGGAUUUGCUUUUGUGGAGUAUGAGAGUCACCGAGCAGCCGCCAUGGCUCGACGCAAACUGCUGCCAGGUCGCAUCCAGCUGUGGGGUCAUGCCAUCGCUGUGGACUGGGCGGAGCCUGAGGUGGAGGUGGAUGAGGAUACCAUGGCAACUGUCAAGAUUUUGUAUGUGAGGAACCUGAUGCUGCAGACCACAGAGGAAACCAUCGAGAAGGAGUUCAACAGCCUGAAGCCAGGCACGGUGGAACGGGUGAAGAAGAUCAGAGACUACGCCUUCGUCCACUUCACCCAGAGAGAAGACGCCAUCAACGCCAUGAAGGCGCUUAACGGGAAGGUGGUGGAUGGCUCUCCCAUCGAGGUGACUCUGGCCAAGCCGGUGGACAAGGACAGCUACGUCCGAUACACCAGAGGGACGGGAGGACGAGGAGGCUCUCUGCUGCAGACGGACUACAGCACCUACACCCUGGGACAGGUGUACGAUCCUUCGGCAGCGUAUCUGGGUGCACCCAUGUUUUACGCCCCCCAGGCCUACGCUGCCAUUCCAGGACAGUUCCGCUUCCCUGCAGCCAAAACUCAUGUUGGAGGUCGAGGUUUGAUCAGAACACCGUCGGUUAGAGAAAUUUACAUGACUGUACCUGUAGGGGCUGCGGGGGUUCGGGGACUGGGUGGGCGGGGCUACCUGGCCUAUGCUGCUGGGGGCGGAGCCAUGGCACGUGGCAGUGGCGCCUCCUAUGGUCUGAAGGGGGACAAGCACGCGGAGGAAAAGCUGUACGACCUGCUGCCGGGGAUGGAGCUGACACCCAUGAACCCUGCUGCCAUGAGCCUGAAGGCAACUGGCAUCAAACCAGCAACACAGGUUCUGGAGGAGCUGUGUCAGAAGAAUAACUGGGGUCAGCCCGUCUAUCAGCUCCACUCUGCCAUCAGUCCAGACCAGAGACAACUCUUCCUCUAUAAAAUCACUAUUCCAGCUCUGGCUACUCAGUAUCCUAACGUCCAUCCCUUCACUCCUGCCAAACUGUGUGCAGCCGUGGAGGAAGCCAAAGCCCAUGCGGCCGAACACACCCUGCAGACCCUCGGCCUGCAGACAGAGGGCGCCGCUGACGCCAGCUGUGCUACUGCAGCCGCUGUGGCCUCGGUAGCCUUCCCAGGUUACACUCUAGCGAAUCCGGCGUCCUCAGCGGUGGCCUCCCAGCUGAAGCAGGCCAUCUCUCUGGGUCAGGAUCUGACCGCCUACACCACCUACGAGGGCUACCCUGCGUUUGCUGUGGCAGCACGCCACACCGACGGAUAUGGAGUCUUCUAGAACUCCGGCUUUGAGAAGCUGCAUUUACACUACAUCGCCUUCUGGCGGAUCUCAGCGUGAGCUGCGAUCUCAGCCGCCUCCACAUCUUAAUCAGGCCUAGAAGCAAACUAGUGCAAAUGCAUCUUUGUGCCGAACAUCUACCUGCAGAUUCGUUGUCACAUUUAAAAGACGUCCGAACUUUGUGACUCGUGGGAGAAAACCGCCGCUGGACUCAACAACCGCCCAGAAACAAAUUCCUCACCUGUCACAUGACUCACUUCCAUCCUUCUGCUCCUCAUUUAAUCAGAAUUAUGAGCUCGUCCACUUCAGGUUGUGAUUGAUUAAGUUCUUGUGAUCAGCUGUGAUUUAAUUCUAUCUGUUCCUUCUCUCAUGUUUACGCUACUCAUCUGAUUAUGUAAGCCUGACUCUUAUCUCUAAGAUAACUAGGAUUUCUAGUUUUUGUUUGUUUUUGGAGUAUCUUAUACUAUAAACUGCACAACUUAGUAUUGCACUGUUGUGUCAUCUUAAAAACAUGACUUUUAUUAGUGUGUCACUGAAAACGUUUUACUAACAGAAAGCCUCAGAUACAUCUGAGAUAUCAAGUCGAAGCAUCUGGAGCUUGCAGUUCAGUUUUUAGAGAAAACCAGAUGAACUUUGUCUCUUCAAUGAAACUAACGUUUCGCAUUCUUUUUAUUUUUUACUUUUUACCAAACUGAUGUCAAAUCCUCUUUAUGAAGAAAAAGACAAAAGAAAAGACAUCUGUUUUUUUCUAGUUGGAUUGUUUAAAAGCUAUAAAACGACCAUCAUGAGACAAGUUAAUACUGCUGGAUUGAUGCAGCUGCUGAGUUUCCAUCCAAACCGGAGAAAACAUCAAAAAGCCAAACAUGAAUGAAAGAAAAUACAAAUGAGACAGAAGACGUGCACCUUCCGCUACGAAUCCAGUUAGAGCUGGUUUCAAACUAUUUCCAUCUGCAGGGGCAGAGCUAAGCACAGCAGAGAGGGAGGGGGAGGGGCCUGGUAGAGGGGGAGGGGCCUUUGUUCUCAUUCUCGAGCUCAGACCAUUUCUAACAUCUCUUCGCUUUAAGUUCACUGCAGACUCCACCAGCACAAUAAUGACGUCGACCUUCAGCAUGAAUUUAAAAAGAAAUAAAGUUGGGUGGAAAUUCA